CACUCGUCACCUUUUCUCGUGUAGCUCACCCAAGGGUCCAAAAAGUGUCUUUUUAAUUAUUUCUCCUUUCUUGUUUUUGAGAGAAGAGAUUGAUAAGAGAUGGGAAGGGCUCCGUGUUGUGAGAAAAUAGGACUCAAGAGAGGGAGAUGGACCGCCGAGGAAGAUGAGACCCUAACUAACUAUAUUCAAAUCAAUGGUGAAGGUUCUUGGCGGUCUUUGCCUAAGAAAGCUGGAUUGCUGAGAUGUGGCAAGAGCUGUAGAUUAAGGUGGAUAAACUAUUUGAGAAUGGACUUGAAAAGAGGAAAUAUUACGGCCGAGGAAGAUGACACAAUCGUCAAGUUGCAUUCCCUUCUUGGCAAUAGAUGGUCGCUUAUUGCAACACAUCUACCAGGAAGAACAGACAACGAAAUUAAGAACUAUUGGAACUCACAUCUCAGCCGCAAAAUCUACGCUUUCACUUCCCCCCGCAGAUAUGAGCACGGUCCAAACAUCAAUGAUUUUGUUCUGAAUAAAUCUUCUUCUUCGUCUUCUUGUUCUUCCUCGGAUGCCAAGAACAUGAACAAGACCAAGAAGAAGAAAGGAAGAACUAGUAGGUCAUGCAUGAAAAAACACAAGCAAAUGGUCACCGCCUCUCAAUGUUUCCCACAACCGAAAGAGCUAGAUAGUGAGGUUAGCGAAGAAGAGCAAAAUGGUAAUUCCGAAGGAAAGGCCUUAGAGCCUUAUGAGUGGUUGGAUGGUGAGAUAGAGCGGCUCAUGAGUAGUUUCGUCUGGGAAUGUACUAGUGAAGAGGUUGUGAAUGAAGUGAAUGAUAAUGACUCUGGUCAGAACAAGGUGUGUGAGAGUGGGGACAAUAGUAGUUGUUAUGUGCGUUUGUUUGAGGAAGAACAUGGAAAGCUUGGUAACUUAGAGGUUGAUCAUGACAUGAAUGUGGAAAAGGAAAGAGAGGGGAGCGGUUUGAGUACGAAUUCAAAUGAAAAUGGUGAUAAAGAUUGGUGGGUUGGUCUAUGUGAUUCUUUGGAAGUUGGAUUUGGGAUUGAUGAUGAGUUGCUUGGUUGGGAGUUUCAAAGUAGUGUACCUUGUCAAAGUGAUGAUCUCUGGGAUCUCUCAGAUUUUGGAGAAAUACGGCAAGUGGAUCGCACAUGAGAAGGUCUAUUAACCUGAUAAAGCAUCGAUCUUCUGAUUGUUAAGUAUAGUGUUUUGUUUGGAGUGGAUCUUAAGGUUAUUCAUUAGCUUAUUGAAGUGUGUUAAGCGAGUUAAUUAGGAUAAUAUAUAGCCCUAGUUUAGACCAGUUGAAGCACAUUAUGUUUUUUUAAUCGUGAUUUUCUACACUGUUUUGUUGUGUUAUUUAAACUAUUCAAAGCAUAUUAUGGAUUGAUAA